AUGCUAACUGUGGAGUAUUCCGUUGAAGAAAUUGAAGGGCCACUAUCUCCUACAACACUGUCCACGGAUACGGGAAUGGAGCGGGGUUCGAAGGGUUCGCUUGAGGGCUACCUGGGGUACCCUGAGAAUCAGGACCGUGUCAAGUGUCAGCGCAAGAUGUGGUGGGUGGUUAAUGGGAUUGCGGCUGUUGGUGCUGCUCUCUGGUUAGCGGGUGCUUUGGGGAUUGUUGGACGGGGUGGUGAAGGGUCUGGGUGGGAGGCUCAGGGAUGGAAUGAGAUGUAUAGCCAUGUACCGGUUAUUGGAGAGUGGUUGUAA